UCUACAAUUUACAAGUGUUGGUCAUAGAAUAGAAUUAGAAGACUCGGACGAACUUUCACAUUUUCAACUACAAACGGCAACGACUAUGAUGGAGUCCAAGAAAUUACCGGCUCAUAAUAGUCUCUUCGCCCUCAAUCUUUCCUCUGAUUUUCAUUCAAUCUUUCCUCUGUUUUUUCGUUCAAUCAUUCGUUCUUCUUGUUCGCCUAAACCAAGUUAGUGAUGAUGAGGUCCUGGAACCCUGCUUAUCCUCCAAAGGAUGCCAUACCAUGGUGUCGAGAGGCCAAGCCCUUCUGUACUUCAGUCAAAGUAAUUGGGAUUUCAGCAGCUUGCUUGGUGGGAUUCUUUGUUUUGUAUUCAGCAAUGGAAAACAAGCCUUUCUAUGGCCAGAGGACGAGCGACUCGGGACCUUGGAGAAAAGAUGUUGAUUUCGAUGAUAUUAUAAGGCGGACCAGGGAAAUGGGAGAAUAUUUUGCCCAGCCAGUCCAGGAACCAAAGGACAAGCUUCUUGGUGGCCUUCUCCCGGAAGGAUUAGAUGUAAAUUCAUGUGUAAGUAGGUAUCAGUCAGCCUUGUACAGAAAGGAACAGAAACACCAGCCUUCUUCCCAUCUGGUCUCCAGGUUGAGAAAAUAUGAAGCCCUGCAUAAACAAUGUGGACCAUUUACAGAGUCCUACAACAGAAGCUUGGAAUAUCUUAAGUCAGGAAGCCACAGCCAAUACACAAAUUCCACAGGUUGCAAGUACGUUAUAUGGACUCACCCAAUCCAUGGUUUAGGAAACAGAAUACUUAGUUUGGCAUCUGCUUUUCUUUAUGCUCUCCUAACAAAUAGAGUCCUACUUGUUGAUCCAGAAAGUGAAGUUCCUGAUCUUUUUUGCGAACCAUUUGAGGUUUCUUGGUUACUUCCCUCUGAUUUCCCUCUAAUUGGCAACUUCAGUGGCUUUGAUAAAAACUCUCCUCAGAGUUUUGGAACACUGCUGAAAAAUAUUAGUCGUGGUAGUUCGAAUUCAUCUUCCCUUCCACCCUAUAUCUAUCUCCAUCUACUCCAUGACUAUGAUGAUGAUAACAAGCGUUUCUUUUGCAAUCAAGAUCAACCUGUCGUCCAGAAUGUGACUUGGCUGAUUGCCAAAUCAAACGUGUAUUUUGCACCAGCUCUUUUUUCAGUUUCAACUUUUCAGCAAGAAAUUAGCAGUCUCUUUCCAGAUUUAGGAACUGUGUUCCAUCACUUGGGCCGUUAUCUCUUCCAUCCCACAAACUUUGUUUGGGGGCUUAUCACCACGUAUUACGACACUAACUUAGCUAGAGCAGAUGAAAGGAUAGGCAUCCAAAUACGAGUAUUUGAGAAAGAUCCUGAGCUUAAAUUGUUAGAUCAGAUUAUGGCGUGUGCAGCGAAGGAAAAUCUACUGCCACUAGUCAAUGGGACGGAACCUGUUGCCAGCCAGUCUGGUAAGCUUAAGACUAAAGCUGUUUUGAUAGCUUCUUUAGAAUAUGGCUACUUUAAGGCAAUGAGAAGCAUGUACUGGAAACAUUCCACGGUCACAGGAGAAGUGAUUGAAGUACACCAGCCAAGUCAUGAAAAACAUCAGUACAAUGAGAAAAAGAUGCACAAUAUAAAAGCAUGGGCAGAAAUGUAUCUAUUGAGCUUGACUGAUAAUCUGGUGACAAGCGCAGAUUCGACUUUUGGUUAUGUAGCUCAUAGUCUUGGAGGUUUGAAGCCGUGGAUCCUUUACAAGCCUGAGAAUCACGUAGCCCCUGAUCCACCAUGUAGGCGUGCUGUGUCAAAGGAACCAUGUAUGCAUGCCCCUCCGUAUUAUGAUUGCAUAACAAAACAAUGGACUGGCCCGGGUGCUAAACUUGAUCCUCACGUACAGCAUUGCGAUGACAAGUGGUAUGGUAUUAAAUUUAUUGACAGAGAAGAGAACUUGUGACCUUUUUUUACAAUUCAUGAAAAAAUAGAAUCAGAUUAUAAUCUCUCUUGAGCACCUCACGUCGUGCUGUGAUCUAGUCGAAAUUUAGUUUCUUCUUCUAUCAUGGAUUGGCUGAAGACCAUUUUACUACUCAAUUUUGCUACAGGGCUUCAUACACAGUCGUUUCAGUUUAACAAUUAAAACUAGGAAUUAGUGACAUUAAUUGGCCUCAGUAUUGCUACUGUAGGUCCUGUAAAUCAGUAAAGGCUGUAAUUUUGGAGAAGGCAUGAUAAUUUCAUUAGAAAUUUGCGACGUUUCUUGAUACGUGAUAGGGGAAUUUUGCAGAAGCUAUUGUAUUGUGCAUGCUUUGACAAUGCUAUUCCUUUUUUGUGCUU